GAGUUUCUGGGUCAGCGGUAAGCUGUGGCGGGAAAAUCGAGAAAAUGGCUGCUGUGUUUAUUGUAUAAACCUGUAAAAAACUCCCAAAAUGGUGCAAAUACUCAUUCGGAUGGACCCCACGGUGGAGCAAUGGACCAUUGUGGAACUUCAAGGGGCACUGGAAACGAGGGAUGAGGUGUCGUUAGAGGGAAAGAACAUUGGAGACCUCCACUUUGAUAGCAUGGGUGUACCACAACUUAUUAUUGGCCAUCAUUUGCUUACUGGAAAAGUAGUCGUCCUAGACAAGCCAUAUGCCGUGAUGCGAAAGGUAACAAAAGGUGACCCAAUGGAGACGGACCAACGUGAUACAGCUGAAACCAAGUAUGAUGUCGUUGCUCUUGUCAAGAGGAAAAUUGUUUUCAAGAGUAGACCCAAGCCUAUCAUAAUAAAGUCUGAGCCAAUAAGAACAUAACACAGAAUGUGCGUACUAAAUUUCUCAUGCCUCAGUGUUGAUUUUGACCUUAUUAUCAUUUCCACUGAAUGAUUGUGGUACCAAAUGUACAUCAGUAAAACUGAUGUUUGUAGUGAAGCUACAUAAAAGCCAAUUGAUAAAGCAGAUGGAGGUGAUAGUCCUAUGGAUCUUUAUAAAAUUCUAUUAACUACUAUCCCUUAGGGGUCUCAUCAUCACAUCCCUGAUAACAACUGGACAUAAAUGUGGUCAGAAAAGAGAUGUGCUUGAUGGUUCUGAAAAACUGAAAAUAUGAUUUCGUAUUUUAGUGCUUAGAGUUAGAAGUUGUUUUAACCACACCUUAAAGUACUGUAUGUGCUAUCUUUUAGGGGUAAUAAUUGCUGUUUAUCACACACAAAUUAAAAUUGAUUUUGCCGACUAUCACCCCCUAUGUAUCACUAUUUUUAUUGAAGUGCCCUCUAUUAUGUAGGGCUGUAACGGGCCUCAAAGGGGUGGGGGUGGAGGGCCUGAUACACAAAACAUUGAGAAACCUGGGUGACACAGACAUGCCCCCAGCCGCCACAACCCCCCCCCCCCCCAAGCAUCCACGACCCCCCUCCCCCAGCCCCUAUAAUUUGUACUGAUACGUGUGUAUUAUGUUGUACUCAUCUAACAAUUAAAAGUUACUAUAAUACAAAGUACUCUGGGAACUAAACCCCUUCUCUACAUUUCUACCCGCACCAUCACUGUCACUGUGGCAGGGGUCUCAAAAAUAAAAUAAAAAACACUAAAAAAAUCUUAUUCAAUAAGCAUUUCAUUGCAUACUUAUAUCUAAGCAAGGGUUGUAUUGAUUUAUUUUAGACUUUCACCCAUACCUUAACACCCCUAUCAACAUUAAAGCCGCAUUGUCACCAGUUUACUUCCGGUCGAUUACCUAACAAUAUCCAAUGAUUUUCAACGGAAAACGCGAAAAAUAUUUCAAAAUAUUGAAAGCAGUGUGUCUAUUGGAAGUUUCUUUGAGGAUGUGAUUGAUGAAUUUAGAGCGGACGGCCUGUUAAACAUCUCAGAUUCUAAUAGAUUCUUUUGUCUUUUAACGGUUGAGGUUUCCGUAGGACCUCCGGAAGCAAACUGGUGACAAUGCGGCUUUAAACCACACCGGCAACCAUUACACUGUACUGUAGGUACACCCUGAGUAACCUUGAUACACCAGUUUUUAGGAGUAACUAGGUGUCAGCUAUGAAUUCUAAAAUGGCCUGACUUCAAGCAAAAUUAUUUUUACGAAGUAUAUACCAGGAACCAAGAAUAGGGUUAUUUGAACUAUUCAUCCCACCAUUAUUCAUAAAUACAUCUGUAUAGCUAGUAAACUAUUUCUUAAUUAAAUCCUAUUCUGUUA